AUGGAGCAACACCGGGGUAAUCGGUCCGCGAUGAGGGCCGCUCAGGACCAAGGCGGAAGCCAUGGUCGCCCUGUGCAGCCAUAUUAUGGUCAGCCACUAUGCCAAGCUCCUUAUCCAAUGCCGGCGUACCAAGAACACCCACAAGCUCAGGCCCCUUAUCUGAGACAACAUCCGGGAGGGGCCAUCUGUCACGUCUCAGUACCAGGUAACCCAUCAGGGAGGGCCACCUACCUUAGCUCCCCACCAGGUGCCAUAUCAAGGAGCUCCACAUGCCCCAGCUCCCUACCAGAUACAAUAUCAGCCCCAGCUCCGUACCAUGUACCGCAUCACGAGCAGCCACAAUCCCUGGCUCGGCACCAGAUACCAGGGCUUGGGCAGUCACAAUUCAAUGUUCGACACCACAUAGAAUAUGAUGGACAGCCCCAGGUUCAGGCUCAAUACCAUAUCGAACAGCAUGGACGGUCCCAAACUCAGGCUCAACACCAUGUACCACAUUAUGGACAGCCGCAAGCUCAGGUUGGAUACCAUACACCACAUCAUGGACAGCCCCAAGCUCAGGUUGGAUACCAUACACCACAUCAGGGACAGCCCCAAGCUCAGAAUCAAUACCAGGCGACAUAUCAUGGACCAACCGGAGCUCAAGCCAGGCCCCAUGGUCACCUUCAAGAAAACCGUCAAGCGCAGGACCGAGCCCAACAGCAACCCAUGCCUAGGAAGAAAGCCAUUCCUCGCAAGCAAUCUAUGCUGACCCGAGCCCAAGCCUUGCACCAAAGCCAGCUUCUAGAGAACGAUGAAGUCCAGGGAGAAGCCAAACAGCAGGCCACAAAGCAGGCCACCCCUCGAAAGCCAGUUACGAAAGCCCGAGCUACAGCCCGGCCCCAAAUCCAGCAUAAACCAAACCAUCAAGCUCAGUUUCAAGCCCAGCAACGGGCCAUGCACCAGCAGCGGUCCAUGGAUCAACGGCAGGCCAUGCACCAGCAGCAGGCCAUGACACAGCAGCUAGCUCAAUUGCCAUCGCCAGUAUCACCGGAAACUCAACAGAGUCGGAAGCUUCCGCAUCCCCGUGAACCAGUGCUCCCAGGGCUAGGUCUCUUUCCACCAGCACCGAUAGUCCUGCCAGCGCAUGGUCGUCAGAUGGUAACAGGGUUGCUACCGCAACCACAACAACUUACACAAGAAGAAACACGAAGAGGGAGAUGCGGGUCUGCACUUCCGUCUGUAAUUGCGCCUGCAUCUGCAUCAGCACCUUCACUGGCCCCUAAACAGGAACAGGAACCAGAACCAGCGGUACUUUCAGAACAGGAUAGACGCCCCUCAAAAGACUUGCAGGAAAUGGGGAAUCCGGAGCCUAAUGUGAAGGAACUUCUUGACAUUCAGGAUGUCAAGAGGGUAGGAUACGCAUUGCUGCCACCAUCACCUCCACAUCAUCUUCCACCGUUGGGGCAGUAUGCAUGCAUUAGCCGAGCCGCAACACAACAAGAGAACGAGUCACCAAGAGGAAUUGGGAAUAAACGAAAGGCUCCAAAGGGACAUCUGGGAAACUACAGCCACAGCGGCGUUUCCAUUUCUCAAAGCUCUGGUCAAGGACUUAGCAGAUACAAUAUAGAAGAAACGACACACCCUCGCAAGAAACCACGUCUGCAUGAGGACUCCGACCUCAUUGAGAUAGCAAUCACAGUUCCAGGGCGGGAACUCACUUUGCAAGGGCUAGAGAAUGUGAGGCCACAGAGUGACGGUACUGUUGCGCUAGCGAUAAAUGACGGUAUGAAAGAUACUCGCAGUCAAAGUCUGCAUUUUGAGGCCCCUUCUGCUAGAAGUGAUACAGCCCAUGCCGGUCCUCCAAUGCCAAAGUCCGACGCGAGAGCAUCAUCGGGAUAUAUCCAUGGUCCCAUAGAGUCCAAGUCCAAUGCUCAAUCAAGUGCAGAAGCCACAGUAACAAGUGAGAAAACUUACAAGGAUCCUCUACCUAUGUUACUAGACGCAGCUGAACUUAUUUUAGGCCCGUUAAUACCCAAAGGCAUGUCCUCAAACUCACGGAAGGCUGGUGAGGAGAAGCUAACUCCAAAACAGAAGAAGUUGGCACCACUUCACAAACUCGGUUGCUUCCACAAUCCGAGGAGAAACGCGAGACUCGCCCAGAAGCUAAAAGCCAAAACCGCCACCAAAGCCCGCGGCGACAGUAAGCAAUCGCAUCUUCCGAGUCCCACUGGUACCCGCCACGGUUCGGGGAUUUUGCAGUUCCCGCCAUGGCCGGGGGUGCUACGGUAUAUCAACACUCAGCCGCUAGACAACCUCUUCCCCGGAACUUCAAGCGAAUCACGAUCUUAUUGUCGAAGGGUUGGAGAACGUACACAGUCUAAUAUGCCGUUAUCCAGUCUUUCUCGUUUUCCUAUUUGUACAAAUCGCCAAUUUCAACGUGGUACGCGUAUUGGGGCACAUCGACAUGAAAAUUCCUUCAAUAUAUUCCAGGAGUUUCUCAAAAGACCGGAUAUGGUCCUGGUUCUAGCCCAUCAUAUGCGUGUACAGGAACUUUUGAUUUUAUAUCGCGUUUCCAGAGAUUUUCACAACAUCAUCAACAGUCGUUUCAGAACAGUUAUUCAGGCACAAGCGACCCUACGCGCUCCACAAUCUGCUGAAAUUUUCCCGCCCCGUUGCUAUGCAAAACUGUGCAAUUCCGACCCUGGUUUACGUCCUCAUCCUGUUGCUUCUCGUGCUGCGUGGGGGGAGGUACGCAAAGUUCCGUCUUUCCGCUGGCUGUUAAUGGUAUGUUAUCGAGAAAUGGUCUGCCAUCAGAUUAUCACAAUCUUAGCGGAAGAUGGAGUGCCCGUACCCGACCGCUGUGAAUCAGUUAUUAAGAAGAUAUGGUUCCUCAUGGAUAUCCCGGACAACGCACGUCGUAUCGCGCUCGUUCAAAACCGCGAAAUAUUCACCAAUGCUGACAUCUUCUUCGCUGUGCUGUUUUUUGUCAAGCUUGAUAUGCGUUUCACGGAUCCCGUCACGGGCAGCGGGAAGGAUGGUAUGCGUCGCAUGCUUCUCUCACAACCCAGCCUUACGCUGCUUUGGCGCACGUUGAAACGCACCGCGCUGGUUAGCAAGUUGCAAGUGAUGAAGACAUUCGCUCGUUGGAAGUACGAACCCCCGCCAAUGUUUCGGGGGAUGAGUGUCUUUGGCGUACCGGCCGAUCAAGUGGGGACUCUGCAGUACCAAGCCUGGGGGAGGACCGCGAAUAGGGUUCGCCUGCAGAGACCCGAUGAACUUCUGUUGAAGGAAUCUGUACGGCGACAGAUGUCUUUGCAUCGCAACUAUUCCGAUAUGUUUUUUUGGGGGUAUCUUAAUCCACGAACCAUGCAGAAUUACCCACCGGUUACGCGCGAUAGGGAAUUAAAGGCGUUUGAUGGGUUGGAGGAGGUGCUUGUUCCAGUUGAGGAAAGGGAAAAGGACGAUACUGGGAAGAUGGUUAGUAACGUAGUUAAAGGGUGA